AUGGACGCCUUUCUGCUCGGGUUGUUAUCGUGUCUGUGGUUGCAGGCCUGCGGGUUUCCCACACCGCAGCCGACGAGUAACAGCAUCAAUCUUGCUUUGGGUGAAGAUAAGAAUGCAGCCUACGAGCUGCACCGACUAGGGCAAUCUGCUCUCGAUCUCACUCUCGACGGUCUCGAGCGCCGUCUACUAGGCGAGACCGACCAACCCAGCUGUACCCUAGAAACCAUGCGGGUGCGACGAGACUGGAGAGCUCUCACGCGCGGCGAAAGAAAAGACUACAUCGAUGCGAUUCUGUGCUUACAACGACUCCCACCACAGACACCCGCGGCAAUGGCCGCCGGAGCAAAGACUCGGUAUGAUGACUUUGUGGCUACGCAUAUCAAUCAGACCUGGCAUAUACAUCGAACAGGGACAUUUCUCGCGUGGCAUCGAUACUUCAUCUUCACCUUCGAAGAGGCUCUGAAGAAUGAGUGUGGGUUCAAUGGGGAUCUGCCGUACGUGACACCAUGUCUUAGUAUGCUAUAUCACAACUUACACAAGAGACGUUCCCACUCACCUGGAAUCUCCCCCGUCAGAUACUGGAACUGGGGCGCUGAUGUUUACUCAAUGGAAGCGUCGCCUCUUUUUGAUGGCAGUGACACUUCACUCUCCGGCAACGGCGCUGUCGUCCCCAACCAACCUGAUCUGGCUAUCCCUCUAGGCGACACAGACGUACCUCCGCUGGUCCUUCCCCCAGGUACCGGGGGUGGAUGCGUGACCAGCGGACCGUUUGUCAAUUAUUCUCUCUCCAUGGGACCAUCCUCCCUGUACAUACCCGGGGGAAACCUGACCCGAAUGUCAAAUCCCCUCGACUACAAUCCGCGCUGCAUGAAACGAGACCUGACCACCUCGAUCCUCCGGGAGAACAACAACUAUACCGCCACUCUGCAACUCCUGCAAACCAGUUCUGAUAUCUGGGCCUUUGAGACCACCGCUCAGGGCGCACCGGGUAGUGGCCUUCUCGGUGUCCAUGGAGGUGGUCACCUCGCGAUGGGCGGCGAUCCCGGCCGUGAUGCCGAUGCCAACCCGGGAGAUCCGGGGUUCUGGAAUCACCAUGCCAUGAUUGAUCGUUUGUGGUGGAUGUGGCAAUAUAUGGACCUGGCGAAUCGCGAAUUCGCGAUUCGAGGCACGGGGACGUUCUUGAAUGAUCCUGUUUCCCCGAACACGACGCUCGAUACGCAUGUGAAUGUCGGAUAUGUGAAGCGCGGGUCGAUUGCCAUGCGGGAUAUCAUGAGUACGACUGCUGGACCCUUUUGUUAUGUUUAUUUGUGA